UAUAAAGAAUAUAGAAAUACACUUCCUGGUAUGUCUGUGGAACAAACUAAACAGAUCGAGGCUGCUAUCAAAACAGGAAACUUCUUAGAAGCAGCUUCUGUGGUGCAGACAUUCAAGAAUUUGUCAGGCAUUGAGUUCAAUAUUGCCAUCACGGGGGAGUCGGGAUCUGGAAAAUCAUCUUUGGUCAAUGCCAUCCGGGGCCUGGGAAAUGAUGACGAAGGUGCUGCUGAGACCCGUGUGGUGGAAAUGACCAAAGAACCAGUACCAUAUUGGCAUCUUAUGUGUCCCAUGAUGAUUGUUUGGGACCUGCCGGCGAUUGGGACCCCAGAUUUUCAGCCAGAUGCUUAUCUGAAACAAGUGAAGUUCAGACGCUAUGAUGUCUUCAUCAUUAUCGCUUCAGAAAGAAGCAGAUUCUGCCACACCAAGCUAGCUCGGGAGAUCCAGAAGAUGGGAAAGAAGUUUUUCUUUGUACGCUCCAAAGUGGACUUGGACUUGUAUAAUGAGGAAAGCAAAGUGAGCAUCAAUGAAGAGAGAACCCUGGAGAAAAUCAGAAAUGACUGCGUCAACAACCUGUCCAGAAUAGGAAUGAGAUCCCCACAGGUUUUCCUUGUGUCGAGUUGGGAAUUUCAGAAAUACGAUUCUCCGCAGCUGCAGAAGACUUUGCUAAAGGAACUCUACCACCACAAGAUGGAGACUUUCAAGGCCACUGAGGCCCCCAGCAGCAGUAGGUAAGAAACCAUCCUUUGGUUUGUUCCUUGGUCACUAUUUAGAAGGUGUUAUAUAUUUAUUAAUUGUUUUAAAAUAAUAUCAAGUGGGAAAAAACAGCAAAAAUAAAGACCCUGUCCUGUAUCGUCUGAGGGGCCAAAUCUUGGAA